UGUAAUUAUUGUGAAUAGGAACUAAUGAUUAGAUAUUUUUAUAUUGUCUGAUUGCGUUUGUUAUUGUAUACAAGGAUUUGCAAUCAACGAAUUGAGUGGUAGUGAUUGCGCAUAGUACUGAACGGAUUUACUUGAUAAAACAAUGGGAAGCACACAGUCGUUUCCUGGGUUGACAGAGGAUGUGCUUGAGGACUACACAUCUCUCACUUAUUUGACUAAAGGAGAAAUCCUAUAAACAAUCCGUUUUUAGACAGGAUAUUCAGUGUGUUUUCCUCUAAAGGUGAUGACUGUUUCUCUUUUGAAGACUUAGUGGAUCUAUGUUCGGCCAUGAGUUUUGAAUGCCCCGCUGAAGUCAAAGCCGCUUGGGCGUUUAGGAUAUUUGAUCUAGAUGAUGAUGGCCAGAUUACUGCUAAGGAUAUCGGUCAUAUCAUAGACCGUUUGACUUUAGGCGUCACUGAUAACCGCGACCAUUACAUCGAUGAAGCAUCUAAGGAUAAAAUUGCUAAAGGUAUUCUGGAUGAAAUAAAUUUUGAUAAGAGUGAAGGUAUCGGACAGCAAGAAUUCAAGCUUAUUAUGUCUAGAAUACCUGAGUUUGCAACAUCUUUUUAUUUUAGACUCUAACGCCCGAAUACUGGAAGGCUAUUCAAUUUUAAGUUGUAGGCUUCAGUCAGUAAAUAUCGUGCCAC